AUGCAACACAGGGGACAUUCAGAAGACAUGGAAAUGUCGGAAGAGCUCACAGAGAUGAACGAAAUGGACAAGGCACAUAGCGAGAAGAAGCCUGGGCACUUUUGCAAAGACUGCAGCAAAUUCUACCUGACGCAAAAUUGGAAGUGUCAUUUGGGAGGGCGAUUGCAUCGAAUCAACGUGGCAAAAACUAGGCAGCGCAACAAACUUACUUGUCCACAAAGCCUCGUCGCGGAGACGGAAGUGGCACAACUGGAAAACCUAUCUGAGGAGCUGUCUGAGCGCUACUGCAAGGACUGCGAUAUAUAUCCUGGUGUGCGUUGGGCGCACCAUUUGGCUUCUCCAAGCCAUGUAUUCAACGCUAUGCGUUUGUCACAGAGAAAGGAGAGUAUCGCCGACGAUGAGAGAAUCACAGUUGACAGGACCAUCACAGACGACGAAUCCAUGACCGGCAUGGAAGAGGUGGUAAAAGAAUCAUCAGCGGAGCACACACACUAUUGCGAGGACUGCGACGGUACAUACGCUGGCGUUGAGUGGGAGCGUCACCUGAUUUCCGAAGAACAUGUGGACAACGUUGAGAGAAGCAUGCAGUGGGAUGAGGACAUGCUAUGCGACGGAGAUACCACAGUCUCGUCUCCCGCUAUACAGGCUCCACCACCAAUAACACCGGAAUGCUACGUCGACGAAGCCAAGUCGACUCCUUCUCCUGCAGACGCUUCAGGAAGACAAGAAUGGUACUGCGAUGUUUGCGACGUUAAUCUCAUCGUUGAAGGUACCUGGACGAUCGGAGAGCAUAUGGCUAGGCAUGAACAGGAGAUGUACAAGAGGUUCGAGGUGAGGAAGGAGCCUUGGAGACGGCAAUUGGAGGAGGCUGCGGCGCAGGUGGGCGGCUAG